UUCAUCUGGCCUAUUCCACCGGAUUCACGGGCCCAUUACGAUACUUCGUCCGAGGCCGAUUUCGUCUAGUGAACAACCCUCUACUAACUCAGUACAGGAGUCUUUUACGAGUUCACCUUAAACUUCAAAUUAAAUACCCCAUAAUCCAUAUCCCAGAUACAGACUCUACUUUAGUCACCAUCCCUCGGUACAUACAUUAAGUGUGUGUUGACAGCAAACAAGUAAUAACUUUCCAAAUUAAUGAAUACAGACCUAUAACCAAGGAUUUACAGGAGGAACUUUUCGUCAUUAUUAACACUACACUUGUACAGCUCUUUCUGUUGCCAGUGGUAGAAAGCGUGGGAUGAGCAGCAGGAUACCUCAGUCUGAACCACAUACUGUAGAGUUUUACCUCGGCAAGGCAGUAAUGUGUCCUUUGAUUGGCCUCUUGACGGAUGAAUGAUUCAGGAAUGGCAAACAACAACAAAACCGUACAGUAGCAGACAGGCGUGUGCUGUACUUCCUCACUUAGCAGUUCAAGUUGAAGCCUGGGUGAAUGAGCUGCGCUUUGACAAGCACACGCGUCGUCCCCUCACCGGGACGGUGGCACACGGGCAAAUCCAAACACCACGGCCUUACAGAGCUGGCGUAAAAACUUACGCGGCGCUUCACGUACCGGUCCUUACCAGCUUCGAGUUCUUCCAGCUCGCCCGUGGUAUUCCCAAUGCCGUUGCAGUUUUGUAUUUGACACAAUAGUAUCGGGGUCUGGUGAAGUACGCGAACGGACUUUAUUACUUUGUAAUCGUGCAGGCUGGUCUCGGAACUACGCGCACUUCAGCUCUCGGGCUACCGCUCCUUUUCUGUUUUUAAUGUGUAUUUACAAUUUCUCCGUCUGCUAAUUUACGUAUAGAGAUACAGUUUUCACUUCAUAGCAAUAUUCAAUAUGCAGUCAUAGAUAACACUGUAUCGUUAUAAUACAGUGUUCAGUUCGCUGCGCGUGUCAAAAACCAAUAUUAACAGUGACAUACCAAAAACACAACCAUAGCAAACUACGCACAGGUGUGCAGUAGUGUUUAUGGGCUCUACGCUUCUGGCAGGAAGGCUGUGGGUUCAAAUCCCGUGUUUGUGCUGCUGUCAUACCCUGGAGCAAGGUUUUGCGCAGGCUACUUAGGUGCCCAGCUGUACGAAAGGUGCGAAUUUAUGUCGCUUUGGAAAAAGGAGUCAGCCUAAUAAAAUGAGAAAACAUUAAUAACUUGCAACGCAUAAUGACGUGUAAAGCAUCUUACGCAACGCGUGAAUGGGUUUGACAUCACAAAAAUUACAAAAUGUCCUUUAAAACGCUAACAGGAGUGUGUCCAACUUCGUCGUUGUCGUUUUAUGUUUAUCAACAAAUCUGUCUUUGAUGUGCUGAAAAAUGCACUCAAAAGGUUGAGAGCUUUGGGUUGUUGUUUUUUUCAGAACGUGACAACCCUUGUGCUGAAAUUGUUAAAUCAUUGUGAAAAGGCUUUUUUGUAACAAUUACUGUGUCAAGGGCAUAAAUCAUAAAGUGAUAGAACAUCGAGUCGAGUUCAUCUAAACAUCUGUUCCUAUUUCGAGCAAAUAUAACUCUGAUAGCCCGUAUACCGUUACAAUUGCCAGUUCUCUGCAGAAAAUGUGUGAAUAUUGUUUUUUAGUUACAGCUAAAGUAAAAGUGAAGCAGUAUAGACUAUAGUGAAAACAGUACGAUCAUUCCAGUUUUUGUUUCCAUUUAUCAUUUGAAUGCAUAUCCCCCACUUCACAGUCUCUACCAGCCUUCGCCCUGCGUUUGUUGACUUUUUCAUCUCCUAGCCGAAAUAUCAAUCCUUCAAGCCUGAGACUAAUACUGAAAACGAGUUCCGACUGUCAGGCUACCACACGCAGUGAACAUUUUAUUAUGAUUAGUUUCGUUUGCUUAGCAAUCGCCCUUCUCCGCAAUUACGCGAUGUUACAGUACAGUAUUGUGUGAUUCUGCCGUCGAGACACAUAUGACGGAUUUUCAGACAGUAUGUUUGGUGCUCGAGGUUUAUUCUGCGGAUGAGGCAAGCCUUUGAAAGCGGUUUCAGUCGCAGUUUGUACAGUACAGUAGGUGUCUUAACAGACACGGACUGCUCCAGUGCUGGUUAUUUCACUGGUGAAGAAUGGGUAUUAGCCGACUUUAGCGCCAAUUAUGACUAAUUCUGCACAGAAAAGGAGCUAUACUCAACCCACAGACAUAAACUGCGAUGCCUUUUCAGUCGAGAUACUUCGUAAGGUUGUUACUUGUUCACUUUACUCAUAAAGCUUCUCCUCGUUCUCCUUAUUCGGUCCACUUAACGACGUUGCACCCCUUUUAGCGAACUGAAGCAAAUCUGAUUUUAUUUCCCCGUCUCUUUGCCCUCCGUAUCGCGAAGCUGCGCGAUAAUGCGCCAAGGAGGAUCUCCAUCACAGUAAACAAAAGCUGCGCUUGUCUGCUGUUGACCGGCUGCUGGAAUCCGUCCAGACUGAGACUCACAGGGAACACUGUAGAGAUGUAACCCAGUAGCCUCCCUCUCCUUGAGCCGCGGAACAGGCAUAGAGCAUUAACUUUAUGUUCGCAGGCUGCGGCGCUUAGCUAAGAAACAUGAGAAGGGUGCGGAAUUCAUAUUCCCGGGCGCGCUCGCCCAGGCUUGGUGAAUAAAGCACAGAGGCGGCCGCGGUUCUUGUGGUUUGAGCUCAGGAACUUAGCACGGAGAACAUGUGAGCGUGGAAUGGGACACAGGGAACUGGAUUAUCCGCUACAGAGAGACGCAGGAGGGGCGCUUUACAGGACGAGUAACUGGAGACACUGCAGUUUCUUCGCAUAGUUGCGCAUCGAUCACCAGGAGACCAAAAUAAAGGGAAUACAGCACCAAAGAUGAACACGAUCGUGUUUAAUAAACUAAGCAAUCAGGUCCUUUUUGAAGAAAAGGCCAAAGAAGUUGAAAGGAGCAGUAGAAACUAUUUAGAAGUUAUUGAUGGACAACAUCCAGAUAUAAUCUCAAACCAUUCUAUCAAAGACAGCUCCGGAAUCAGGCACCGGAGAUCCGGGUCCCGUCAAAACGGAGGAAAAGUGAGACAUAAACGACAGGCUCUGCAGGAUAUGGCUCGUCCUCUCAAACAGUGGCUUUACAAACACCGAGAUAAUCCUUACCCGACAAAAACAGAGAAAAUUCUCCUGGCACUUGGCUCACAGAUGACUUUAGUGCAGGUAUCCAACUGGUUUGCUAAUGCCAGGCGGAGACUGAAGAAUACUGUAAGACAACCUGACCUGAGCUGGGCUUUACGUAUCAAAUUAUAUAACAAAUACGUCCAGGGGAAUGCGGAGAGACUGAGUGUUAGCAGUGACGAUACAUGCUCGGAAGAUGGAGAAAACGCAUCCCGGAACCCAACGAGCACGGCAGAGUUCAGCAAGCCCAUGUACCAGAGUGUUAUUAAAAAGGAAGCCACCGUCGUCGGCUCGGGACUGAGAGCCGACACAUCUCUCAGCGAGGAUUAUGUGUCUCCGCCCAAAUACAAAAGCAGUUUAUUGCAUCGGUACCUCAAUGACUCACUGCGCCACGUCAUGGUUUCCAAUGUCAUCAUGGACUCCCGCAAAAGAAACCAUUCAGGGUCUUUUAGUUCCAAUGAAUAUGAUGAAGAACUGCUUUCACCUUCGUCUUCAGAAACCGAAGCCAAUUUUGUUUAUCGUGCUGAGACUGUGGAACAUGGAUCAAGCAAAUGUGACAAUGCACCAAAGGAAAAAGGACGAGGAAAAGAUGAGACUUACUGGAAAGAGAUCAAUGCAGCCAUGGCCUUGACAAACCUUGCACAGGGAAAGGACAGUGUAUCAGGGACAACCAGCUGUAUCAUUCAGAAAUCCUCCCACAUAUCUGAAAUAAAGACAGUUAAAGUGCCUAUGGCGCAGAAGUAUUAACAUAUUAACAAGCUAUGCAACAUUAUAUUGAAGGUUUCGGCAUUGUUGACUUUUAAGUCUGUCAAACUGAUCAUGUUUAUUUUAUUAUGUAUGUUUAAAAUCAGCAAAAGACAAUGGUUUCUACACAAGUCUUAAAACUUUUUAUGCGCCUGCAGAAAUCAAGUGUUGAUACAUUUUACUAUUGUUAAAGACAGUAUUCUUGAACGAGACACUUUUAUAAUGUUAACUUAUUUGAUAAAUCUGACUUUUUUUUACUCCUAAAUUUUUGUACUUUGCCAAAGUGCCUUUUGAAGCUGGAACAAAAUGUCCACAAUGGAUGUAUGCACUCACAUGAGAAUUAAAUAUCUUACAGAUUUUUUUUUUUAAAAGGUAAAAAAAAUAUAUAGCCAUUAUUUAAGAGAUUUUAAAGAUGCUUCUAGAAUUCUACUUAUAGGUUUCAUGAAUUUCAUUUUGUGCGUAUCUGUUUGGGCACGGUUGACCUUCCAUGACUCUCACAGCUUUCAUUUACCAUAAGAAAAACUCAGCUGUGUAAAAUCUGCUUCUCCUAGUGACAUUGAAGAUGUUUAGUCUGCCACAUCAUUAUGGCUGUAAAUGCAACACUGUUGUGUCUCUGAAAAAAAUACCUACAUAAUGCAAACAAUAACUGUGAAUAAACCCAUACAGUACAUCAGCUCGGCUAACUCAAGGCAUAAAUAUUCCGAAGCAGAAUCACGGUGGCAGUUUACUGUGUGUGAUUGACAACUGAGUUUAUUUCUGCCUGUAACGUGUUCAUUACGGGGAAUGUUCUCUAGGUAAAGAAGCUCACCAAGCACUCUCAUAGGGUCUUGAGCAAAAUGAUGUAUGAAGGUUUAAGGCUUCUUCCUAAUUGAAACACAAAUGUCAGCAGGAUUCCAUAACUUUAAGGGACUUCUUUAUUAAUAUAGUAGUUGCCUUAGUUUAUGUUUUUUUUUCCUUGACCCAUGUACAGUACUUGCAUACAGGAAACAAGUGAGUCGUGAAAUGAACAAACUCUUUCACUUUGUCAGCAGUUUGAAAAGAAAUGAAAAUUGCUGUUCGUAAAAACCUGGAGACACACAUAUAUAUAUAUACAGCAUAUGGUAUGUGAUUUUGCGUGCAGUGUGUGGGAUCUGUGCUCCAAAAACCAGACUUCUUAUUUCUUAUUUCUAAAGUUUAUGGGUUUGAUUCUAGUAAGUUUGUUCCUAUUUGUAUAAAUUGUACAUGACAGUGCUAAACGUGAAAUUUUACAGCUUUUAAUGGGUCCAUUAUAGGUUUCACAGUUUUAAUUAAUCGCUUUCUGAAGUUUGCUCUGGUGUAGACUAAACAUUAGUUAAGGAUAGUAAAAUCUGUUAAAAGGUGCAAUAGAAUCAGGUGUAGAGAGUGAUGAGAAAAAAGCACAGGAACCAAAUUUGAUACAAAUGGGUGAUAUAAACAUGUCUAAGCAAGGGGAAGUAGCAAAUUAUCAUAUUACACCUUCGUUGGGGGAGUAGUGUUGAGAAUCAACCUGUUAGAGCCUGGUUUGAGGAAACCGAUCAUCUAUACUGUAUAUAUAUAUAUGUGUCAGUGCUUCAAACAAGUUCCAGUAUUAUCUCUACGUCAGCAAGCAGCAGUCUCAGUGCUUGCUUUUCUGUCUUGGUUCUCUUAUGUAUAAAGUGUUAAUUAGUGUCAUUAUCACGUUAACUGUUUUUUAUGAAAUGAGAAUCUGUUUUUGAACGUAAUAAUGUAUAUAUGUUAUAUCUGUAGUUGUAAUGAAUGCCAAGUAUACUAAUUCAAUUAAGAAAAAUUAUGACUGUAUGAACAAAUGUAAUUAGCAGUUUGACUGACAGAGUAGGCAUAUUUAGAAAAAGGUACUUUUUGAUGUGUUACAAAAAUUUACACCAUUGUUGUACUGAGAACCUAUAAAAGAAACAGUAGAUUUAUAGUGGAUCACAUACAUACCGUUUGCUAAUGUAGAUAUGUCUUCUGCUGACACCAUCUUUGGCACUAACAUUCUGAUACAGUUAACAGAGGUCUCUAAAUGAUGACUCUUGCAUGAAACAAUUGAAUAUAUAAAGUACAAAUACAUAGAGAUUUUACGAAUCAGUAACUAUGACAUGUAGUUAUAGUUGAUCUUGAAAUUGGAUUUGCUUCCACUAAGAUUCUCACUGUAGGGGAGGGCUGUGUAGUACCUCUACUGUUCACCAGAAGGUUUUUACAUUAGCCUUGACGAUUAUGUCAAAUAUAACAAUAAGAAGUGGCAGCUGACUACUCAGAAGUUAUAACAUAAAUUCUGAUUCUGCUUUUACAAAUAUGUAACGAUCAACAGGAAAAAAAAAGGCAUUUGUACUGUUUUGUACUGUAUUCUACACAAAUUCUGUUGCUCGACUAGCUGUUACUUUGUUCAUACUUUUUAUGUAAGUUAUUAAGGAGUGUGAAACUGAGGAAAAUGAUUUGUUUUUAUUUUUGUUAAGUUAUGCAAGUUUAAAAAUUGCUGGAGGCUGGAUUUUUGUCCUAUGACCAAACGCAUACUUUCACAUUGUAAUGUUUGAAGUGCUAUAAAUGAAGACUUUAAAAGAACUACAAUAACUUCUCCAGAACAAUGAAUAUGAAUAAACCAUAUCAAAUAUAACAAACCCUGACAUGCAUCUGACUUUUUUAUAUCUAAGGCUUGCGAUUUAUUUUGUGUAACCUACAGUACCUGCCAAACGAUUCUUUUUAAGACCAGUUACAAGACAACUUUAAAGAGAAUUUAUAAUGUAUUUUAAUCUAAUUUAUAAUAAGAAUUGUCUUAACAGAUAGAAGUGAUAAUAACCGCUUUUAUUUGACAUUUAAAUGUUCUAUAUGACAAACCACAGCCUGAUUACCUUCUAAGUGGCUUCUUGAAUCAAAAUGUAACAUCUUUUUUUCUGCUGCUUGUCCUCAAAGAGGUUGAAAGCUCAGGAAUGCCAUUCUGGUAGACAGGUUUUGGGGAAAAUGUUUUUUUUUAGUCUUUAAGUAAAUCAUAUAUUUUUAAGAGCUACUGUGUAAUGACUAUUGGAGAGUGAAUAAAGCACAUUGUCAGGGCUAUUUUCCUG